GGAGAGGGGGGAGACGCCCAUCUUGCUCCUCCCCUUCCUGCUGGUUGCUCAGCGGGGCAGAGACUCGUCUUCAAUUUGGAGCCUACACGGUUUUGUUUCCUGCACCCUUCCCAAGUCAGUUCUCCUCUCCAGGUGGAGUGGACAUCUUUGAAGGGCGAUGGCAAGCCUCUGCGUUUUGCCCGAUCACCUCCUGUUGGAUAUCUUGUCUCUUGUCCCCAUGGGCGACCUGAUUCGAAACUGCCGUCCGGUCUGCUCCCGCUGGCGGGAUCUGGUGGACUUGCCAGUUCUCUGGAAGCGUCUCUUCCGGCGAAAGGACAGCAACAAACGUCUGCCGGUUGUGCCACGUGAUAUAAAGGCCUACUACAUUUUGGGCCACCUGGAGAAGAAUUUGAUCAAGAACCCCUUUGGAGAAGAUGGCUUGGACUAUUGGACAACCAAGACCAUUGGAGAUGCCCAAUGGAAAAUUCAGGAAGUGUCUGAAAAGGCCUCACUGCGACUUGGAAUGAGGGACUUUCUUCAGAGGAACCGCCCUGUGGAAGAUGGGCCCUGUCUUCAGGUUAAAAAAUGCUUUGCUGCUUGUGAUGGGUUCUGCGCCAAGUCUCAGCUCAUCACCUUGAAGGACGAAGGCUACUGGGAUGAGCUGAUAGAUAGGGUGAAACCCAGUGUUGUGGUGACGGAUUGUUUUUACUGCACCAAAGGCACCCAGUACCAGCUGCGGGUGCAGCUGUUAUCAGCAGACUUCAAGGUCCUAAGAGAGCGGUGUUCUGAGGGCUUGUUCAUGAAUGGUUCUAAACAUGGAAGGUGGCGAGAGGUAAGAAGGAAGACGGUUCGGAAGCUUCAGCUGGUGCAGAAGUUUAUUACUCCAUCUUUGGCUGCCCUCCUGGUGUCCGCUACAUCUUCUUUCAGCACCAAGGCCAAAAUGUCAACGGACGUAACCAUAAAGGUGUGCGCAUGA